AUGUCCAAAAACGCAGUUAAAUCAGUCGUGAAUGCUAUUCAAAAGUUCUAUCCAACUAGGUUGGCAGAUAAAAGUUGGGAUAAUACCGGUUUAUUAGUUGAUUCGAGUUCUGAUGAGGUCGCUUCUGAUAGUAUUCGUAUAUUAUUGACCAUUGACUUGACUCAAGCAGUAGCAGAUGAGGCUAUCAAGUCCAAAUCUAAUAUAAUUAUGGCAUAUCAUCCAUUUAUUUUUAAAGGCCUUAAAUCAAUUACUCCUCAAGAUCCUCAACAGAAGUCCUUGAUUAAGCUUAUACAAAAUAAUAUCAGUGUCUAUUGCCCACAUACUGCUGUUGACAGUGCUAAAGGUGGUGUUAACGAUUUCCUAGCAGAUGGAAUUUUGAAAGGCUUGAACCAACAAUCUAGAGAAACUAUCGAGCCUGAUCAAAAUGAGGAAGAUUGUGGUAUGGGUAGAUUGGUCACAUUAUCUAAUCCUGUCUCUUUAGCAGACUUAGUCAAAAACGUUAAAGCUAGUUUAAACUUGCCUUACGUCCAAGUCGCUCCUGCUAGAGGCCAAGAUAAAGACCACCAAAUCAGUAAAAUCGCCAUUUGUGCUGGUUCUGGCGGUUCUGUCUUUAGAGGUGUGGAAGCUGAUUUAUUCUACACGGGUGAGUUAUCCCACCAUGAAGCCUUGUAUUUCACUGAAACUGGAUCAUCGAUCAUUGCAUGCAACCAUUCUAAUACCGAAAGAGCAUUUUUGUCUGUCAUGAAAAAACAGUUACAGGAAGAAUUAUCAGAUGCUGAGAUUAUUAUCAGUAAGACUGAUAAAGAUCCAUACGAAACUUGGUAA